AUGCCAGCCCGUACAGGCGGCCGAACGCCGCAAAAGAAACAAAAGGGCCCAGCAGAGCCCAAGUCGCUGAAGAGAAAGCGCGAGGAAGAAGAUAUGCAGAAGCUGCAAGUUGCUGUCGAUCAGUUCGAUCCGAAAGCCGCGGACACGACCAAGUUCUCGACACUGCCUCUUUCGCAACCGACCGCCUCUGGCCUUUCAGCCUCGCAUUUCGAGACUUUGACCGAAGUCCAAGCCCAGGCAAUUCCCAUUGCGCUCAAAGAUCGCGACAUUCUCUGUGCGGCAAAGACAGGCUCAGGGAAAACGCUGGCCUUCCUCGUUCCAGUUCUGGAAAAGCUAUACCGCUCACGAAUAACCGAGUACGAUGGGUUGAGCGCACUGAUUCUCGCGCCAACUCGCGAACUCGCCGUGCAGAUUUUCGAAACCCUCCGCAAGAUCGGCCGCUACCAUCACUUCUCGGCAGGCUUAGUCAUUGGAGGAAAAAAUCUACAGGAUGAGAGCGAGCGAUUAGGACGGAUGAACAUCCUGGUGGCCACCCCAGGUCGGAUGCUACAACACCUCGAUCAGACUUGUGGCUUGGACGUGAACAAUCUGUUGAUGCUGGUGUUGGACGAGGCUGAUCGCAUCAUGGACAUGGGCUUCCAACAAGCCGUGGAUGCGCUGGUCGAACAUCUCCCAAAGACUAGGAAUACCAUGCUAUUCUCCGCUACCCAGACCAAGAAGGUUUCUGAUCUCGCCCGACUAAGUCUCAGAGAACCCGAAUACAUCGCGAUACACGAGGCAGCUUCGGCGGCUACACCUACAACAUUACAGCAGCACUAUAUUGUCACGCCAUUACCCGAGAAGAUGAGCACACUGUAUGGGUUUAUAAAAACCAACCUGAAGAGCAAAAUCGUGGUAUUCUUGUCAUCGGGCAAGCAAGUUCGAUUCGCGUAUGAAAGUUUGCGACAUCUUCAACCGGGUAUAUCAUUACUACAUCUUUACUCCCGCCAGAAGCAGGUUGCAAGAAUGGAGAUUACGAGGAGAUUCACUGCGGCAAAAUAUGCCUGUCUGUUCGCGACCGAUAUCGUUGCCAGGGGUGUAGACUUUCCCGCGGUUGACUGGGUUGUUCAGAUGGACUGUCCAGAAGAUGUCGACACCUAUAUUCACAGGGUGGGGCGGACUGCGAGAUACAAUCGCGCCGGCAAGGCUGUGCUAUUCCUCGACCCCAGCGAGGAGCCGGGAAUGAUCAAGCGGCUAGAACAUCGCAAAGUGCCAAUCAACAAGGUCAACGUGCGAGAACGGAAAAAGCAGGAUACCCAACAAGCGAUUCAGAAUAUGGUGUUCAAACAGAGCGAUUUGAAAUUCUUGGCCCAAAAAGCGUUCAUCGCUUACACACGGUCCAUCCACCUCCAGAAAGAUAAGGAAAUCUUUGACCUCAAAAAGCUGGACCUAGAUGCCUAUGCUGCCAGUCUUGGUCUACCUGGAGCACCUCAAAUCAAGUUUCAAAAGGGUGAUGACAUCAAAAAGCUCAAGAAUGCGCCAAGGGCCGCAAUCUUAAGUGAUUCCGACUCGGAAUUCGAUGCGGACAAGAAGAAACGGAAGGUUCGGACAAAGAUCGACAAGAUGUUUGAGCGUACGAAUCAGGACGUUCUCACGGAUCAUUACGCCAAAAUGAUCGGAGAGGGCGGGAAUGCUGAUGGCGUUGACGAGGACGAAGAGGAUGAUUUCCUAGCUGUCAAGCGGGUGAUCCAGGCCGACGACUUGGACGGAGAAGGCAACGCGACAUCUGCACCGCCCGGAGCCAAGGUUAUACAUGGCCUCGGCGGCGAUGAGCCGUUCAUAGUGGACUCGCACAGGAGAGAGAAGAUGCUGAAGUCAAAGAAACAGAUGCUCAAAUUCAAGGGCAGGGGUGAAAGGAUCAUAUUCGAUGAUGAAGGCGUCGCUCACCAUCCGUACCAGAUCAAGGGUGAAGACGACUUCAAGAAAGAGGGAGAUGCACAGGCUCAACGACAGAAGUUCGUCGAGGACGAAGCCACCAGGGUUAAGGAGGCCGACAUCAGCGACAAACAAUUUGCCAAGGAACGACGGCGCGAGAAGAAGGAGAAGCGGAAGGCUCGGGAAGCGAUGGAGAACGACGCGGCUGUGGGUGAUAUGCCGAGACUCGCGGCACCGGACGACGGAGAAGACCCCCUUGCCUUCUUGGCAUCCUUGCCGACGGGCGGUGAGAAGAGUGAGAGCGAAGUGAAGGAGUCAGAUGAACCCCCGAAGAAGAAGGCGAAGAAAUGGUUCCAGGACGAAUCGGAUGACGAGACGAAGAAGGCGAAGGGCAAGAAGAGCAAGACGAAGGUGAUUGAAGUCACGGAACAACCUGAUACCCUGGAGGAUUACGAGGCGUUGGCAGCAGGUCUACUGGAAGACUGA